AAAGAGAUUCCUAGCAUAAAAAAUAUUAGAAAUCGUUAAUCAUUCACAUAGCAUGCUUGAAAGUAGAAAAAUUCGGAAGACUGACUGCGAAUGAGCUGCUAGUUAAUGGUGUGACGUUUUCGUGAUUAUUAUGCUACUUAAGCCAACAAACUCGAUGGGGCUUAAAAUGCUUCUAAACGAACUUCAUACAGACGAACUUGGCAAUUUCGUUCACAUUCGUAUUUAUACUCACAGACGGGUGAUGCUUCAAAAACCCAUGCAAAUUCGUCUAUACAGACAAACUAUUCAGACAAUUCAUCUUAACGGAUGAUUCGUCAGUGUGUCCGUAUUUACACACAGACGAACUUGAAGACGAGCAAUGUUUUGCUUUCCCGAGUUCGUCCGGACUUAUGAUCCGUCAGCCGUCUCAAGUAUGAAUCGGAUAUUUAAAAGCAAUGUUGUAUUCGUUUGUCCCUGCCUUUAGGAGCGCGUUUUCAAAAGGUGCUCAUGCAAAAGCGAACAUUGUCAUGUACAGCAUCGCCACACAAAAAUCGGAUAUUUAAAAGCAAUGUUGUAUUCGUUUGUCCCUGCCUUUAGGAGCGCGUUUUCAAAAGGUGCUCAUGCAAAAGCGAACAUUGUCAUCUACAGCAUCGCCACACAAACACAUUUUAUUCUCUGCAGAUACACAUGUAUUUCAUUGUUACCUAGAUACACAAAUGUUUAAAAAACAGCUAUCCGAUACUCGGUGAGUUCCGUAUUGUGCAAAGGCACCCCGUCGAAACUAGGUUCUCAGAGAAUUCAAUAUUGCGCGUACUGAUCAAGACAAUUCAUGGCAAAGUAAACGCAUCGUGGGAGGUCACAAGACAUAAUGCGUCUUUUCAAUGAUGAGCAAUUGAUUGGAAUUUGAGAGACGCCGAUGUCGAAAAUGAACUGGAAUGACGAUCGUUUUUGAAUUACAGAAUCGAAGUUAUAAAGUGGGAGCGUUUUAAUAGAAGCCUCGACAGAAAUUUGUAUGGAAAACGGCAAGGGUUUUCAAUAGCUUCAGUCGUUUCAAAAGAUGUGAAUUCGGUGUUGCGUUGGUCGAUGUUGCUGAAAAUGAAUUCAACAGGAAAUGUACGAUUGAAGUUGCCACCAAUUCAAGGAAACUUUAUUGGAAGCAACGAGGAAAACAAUAACAAAUCUUCGCUUGGCACGUUAACUGUUAAAAAAACGACAGGUAAUUUUGACGAUUUGGCAGAACUUCAAACCAGAGAGGAUUUGAAAAUAUACCACGAGAAUUUCUCGCUUUCACAUAUAUAUCCUGUGCUACCUCCUAUCGGUGGAAAGACAAACUAUUCCAAAGCUAUACAUCAACCUGGUGCGGACUCGACUAUCGUACCCAGGGCGCCUAGCCGUUCAAUAACCAUUAAGAAAAAUAAAAAUCGUCGUCCUAGAGUAAAAAAACCGUCGUUUCCAGGCGAAAUUGACCCGAAAGUAUCGUCGGAUUUAUAUGAACCUAUUGAUGCAAGAGCGAAUAAAAUUCUCAAAGAAGACACGUCAAGUGAUGGCCUCGAUGGAAAUGCAAACGAUUUUAUCGUAACUAUUCCGGAAAAGGCUCCAUCGGAUCUCUCAUCCACUAACACUGUGUAUUCAAAAGUUCUAACUGAAGAUGCUUCAGAAAACGGGAAUGAGAUUAGCAAUGAAACUUUAAUGCCCGAAGCAAUAUUGACAGAUUUAAGUGAAGCGGCAAUUUCAGGUGCAAAUGAAGACAAUAUUGGCAUUAAUGGUUUAGCGUCUUCAAGAAAUAAUUCAAUUCCUGAAGAACUGAUUGCUUAUGCUGAUGUAUAUCCUCCAUCUCCUCCGUCCAACGAAAGAAGAGCCAAGAUAAUGGUACAAAGGAUACGACAAGAGCUCUCCAAAGAAAAUGCUCACAGAUUAACAUAUUUUGAAGAAAUGGGUUCGCGCAGACGAAAUGCCACCUGUCCUGAGCUGGAUGAUGUUUUGUGUAAUGCAGUUGAAAUUUUAAAGGAUAUAUUUUUAAAAAAAACAAUGGAAGAACUGUGUAUGAUGUGGUAGAAACUAGAAAGACGGCCCAAACAAACGUAAACGAUUUACUUCGAAAAGUCAGCUUCUAUCAUCGAGUCAUCUUUAAUGGAAAUGCGGUAUUCUUGUAAGCGAACAUAAUGUUUUAUUGAAAAUUUAACGCCCAUGGAGCAGGUUCGAGGCUGUAUCUCGGCGAUUAAAAUGUGUGGAAGCGGAGGAGGGGAGGGAGGGAGGGAGUGAGGGAGUGUGGGUUAAGGAGGGCAGGGAAAGGUUGUUUAUGCUAAGACAAAAAUAUUGUAAUUAGACAUUAACAUGCAAAUUCCAUCCAUCCGUAAGAUUGGAAUUGAAGAACAAUAGCUUCAUUUGCCAGUUUAUCAUUGACAAUGAAUUGAGCUCUUGACAUGUUUUUAUUUGUUGUUUUUUAAAUAAUCACAAAAGUAGCCAGCAACAUUACGAAGAAAAAUAGUUUUCGAAGUCAUUAUGAACUCUUGAAAUGGCGAUGAGAAUCUUCAAAACUUGCAGUUGGGAAUCUCAACUUGGGAUUUUUUUGUGAAAAUCGAAAAACAAUUUUAGUGUACUCUUCCAUUUGCGCAAAAACUUUUCAGAAAAAAAACAAAUUUUCUCCAAGUGCUGAUUAGCAGCCUGAAAUGUGUGUAGUCGAAUUUGACAAGUCUGAUAAGGCUAAUUGAUAAACAUUGAAUAUAAAUAUGAAUAUGAAA